AUGUGGUGGGAUGGUGGAUUGUUCGUUUAUUUAUUCCAAAAAUAAUUCAGCAAUGAGAGCAUUUCUCGCAAGAAAUGCUCAUCACUAAAAUUGUGUUAUGAAUACACAAAAAUUUAUAGCAAUUUCGACGGCGAAAAAACCAUCAGAAGAUCUCGAACGGGCGCUAAGUGCACACGAAAAAUCGAAUUUUCCUAAAAGUGGACCUAGUGGUUACUAAGUUUUAAUUUUUAACAAUAACUUAACUUCCAAAACAACGAACGAAAAUGGUUUAUGAAAGUGGAUUUACUAGCCGCAGAACAUACAGUUCCAGACCAGUGGUAACCUCGUACUCUGUUUCGUAUCCAAACGUCACCAAGGUAGAACGAGUUUACAAAACAAGCUACCCAAUUUACUCGACUUCCAGUUACACUCGUGGAUCCCGAGUUAUUUCAUCGCCAGUUCGAGUUAUCACUUCACCAACUCGUGUAAUUUCAUCGCCAGUUAGAGUAAUAACAUCACCUACUCGUGUUAUAACUCGCGUUGUUCAUUCACCUUCACCUGUUCGUGUCGUCCGUUCCACUACAACUCGAGUGAUAACAUCCCCUGAACGAGUAUCAUCUUACACCUACACCACACCAACGACCUAUACCUCGACCUAUCUUCCGUCGAGUUAUAUUCCAUCGACCUACUACUCGUCUUACACACCUAGCUAUAUCUCCCCCUAUUCUUCGACUACACGUGGGUAUACGACUCCUUCUUACUUCUAUUCACCAGCAGGCCGCAUAUAUAACCUCGCUCCCGUCCGAGUACCCCCAGGCCGAGUAACACCUAUUCGAGUGUCACCCGUACGAGCAUCACCUGUUCGAGUAGCUACAUCUCCAGUACGCAAAACUUCCUCUUAUUCGCAGAGGAUUGCCGGUUCUGGCUCCCGCGCUUUAACCAGCUAUCUCGCUUCUGACGCAUUCAAUACUUUCGAAGAGGAGACUGGCAAAAUUCGCAAUAAAUCGUUUACACUUAUUCGUGAUUUACAUGCUCCAGUUGUUUGUCGCGCUCGCAGUAACACGCCCUUCCCCAUUAUUGGGUAUGAACCUGUGUCGGAAUUGGCUCUUGGUUCCUAUGUAUCCCGCGUAACAAAUCCCGUACGCCAUAUUGCUAAGGAAGUGCACAAGAUGACUAAGUAUGCCGAUCCAGCUCGUAGAUAUAUUGGUAAAAGUCAUCUAGCAUCAAUAAGGAUUUGUGGCGAUAAAGCUUAUGAUGUAAGAAGACCGAUGUACGAUCCUGAAAUUGUUCGCAACAAUAUUACAUUUUUGUCGUGGUAUCUAAAACGUCCCACAGUGAAGAACGAAAAUGCGAAAAAUGAAGAAAUAGAUACCGUGGAUACAGCCUCCCAUAUACCACGUGAUGUUGUAGCAUUGUACGUUAUUUUUAACCCCGACUUGGAUCCCAAUCGUCCUUCCAGAAAAUUCUCUUCUCCCAAGCAAUUGGAAGACUCUGUUGAAGAAGCCGAAGCUUUGAAUGAGAAAAAACGCCAGCGUCAAGAACGCAUGAUGACUGUCAAUGAAGAAUUGGAUCAAGUUGAAUUGGAGAAAAAAAAAGCACAAAGAGCCGAGGAAGCAAAACAACGUGAACAAAAGGCUCUGGAAGAGGAAGCUAUGCGCAAAGCAAAAGAAGACUCCGCUCGCAAAGCUCGAGAAACCAAGAUAGCCGAAGAAACCCGUUUGGCUGAAGAAAAGCGCAAGCGUGAAGAAGAGCAGGAACUCCAACGCUUAGCAGAACUUGAGAAGCAAGCAGAAGAGGCAUUGAAGGCAGCUCAAAUGCAAGAAAAGAAGGCCCGCGAGGAGGAAGAAAAACGAAGAGCCGAAGAAGAAAAGAAACGCAUCGAGGAAGAAGCAAGAUUGGCUGAAGAAGCAAGAUUAGCGGAAGAAGCUAGAUUAGCGGAAGAAGCUAGAUUAGCGGAAGAAGCUAGAUUAGCGGAAGAAGCUAAAUUAGCCGAAGAAGCUAAAUUGGCCGAAGAAGCCAGAUUAGCAGAAGAAGCAAAAUUAGCUGAAGAAGCUAGAUUAGCUGAAGAAGCAAAAUUGGCUGAGGAUGCACGCUUGGCUGAAGAAGCUAAAUUGGCGGAAGAAGCCAGAUUAGAUGAAGAAAAAAGAUUGGCUGAAGAAGCUAAAGUAGCUGAAGAAACAGAAUUGGCUGAAGAAUCGAAGUUGGCCGAAGAGGAAGUUUUGACGGAAGAAGUUAACGAUGAAACAAAAUUAGCUGAAGAGGAACUAAAUAGAAUUGUUUCACUUGAAAAGGAAGCCGAAGACGAACAAAUGGUCGCCGAUUCGGCGGAAGUUGUAGACCAACUCAACGAGCCCACUGUGCAAGAUGAUCAGAAUAUGGCAUUAUCGGAAGCUCCUUCCCUUUCCCUGAAUAUAAGCGGCGGCGGUGAAGAAUGCGCUGAAACCGAAGAGGAAACUGAAGAGGAAUAGUUUGUCCAGACUUGCAGAUCUAAUAUUGCCACAGAAGCAAGGAUCUUCUGCUCUAUUGAUUUUUUUCAAAAGAGACAUAUCUUCUCAUUAAUUUGCUGAAUAUUUUGCUGAUAUUAAUAUUAAUUUAUUUAUUUAUAUACAAUCUAUAAAUCAUUCAUUUUAUUUCUAAGUAUGUCGCUACAAAUUAAACCCUGUUGUUUAAUGGGUGCUUGGGAGAUAGAAACGUAUGCUGCAAUAAUUUCUCUGAAACAUUCGACCCCACUCGAAUAAAGAGUUAUAGAAGGCAUUGCAGCAUUUAGAGCAAUAGACAAAAUAAAUUAGUUGUAAGAACCA